UAAAUUCACAUUCCUAUGCAGGCUUCUACUGACACAGAGAUUCAUAGAAAUUGAACAGUCAACGACAAAGUAAAGAGGCUGUAUAGUAUACAACAACAAUGGCAGCAUCCUCAGACUUUAAAGGUGAUGAGUAUGACUUUUACAUCAUUAGUGACAAUGCUGAAUGGGAGAAAACGACAAUAACUGAGUUGGAGAAAAGGAGGCAAGGAAUACGGUGUAUUAGCAGAAAUGAGUGGAUUCCUGGAAAAUAUAAACUUGAUAAUUUGAUAGAACCAGUUAAUAUUUGCAAGAAGGUUGUUGUAGGAUUUGCACCAUCACCAGCAACUGGUAGUGCAAAUUAUCUGGCACAAUCUGUUGUUCAGAAAAUGCUUGAUGAAAAUAGCAUUGGAAAACUUAUCCCUGUCAGGAUAUCAGAGGAUUCUAUAAUACCAGAAGCUUUAAAUGUUCUACAUUCAGCAAAUGGUUGGGAAGAUAACUUGUGCGAGAAGUUGUGCUUUGCUUUAGAUGCAGUAGGUACAUUUAUUAAUAUUGCCUGAGUAUUUACAAUAAUUACAGUACUGAAUAUGUUAAAAUACGUUGAAAAAUAAAAAAUAUCUACUUUAACCUAAAACCGCAAAAAAAAUUGUUGUGUUGCCCUUCAAUGGAAAAA